AUGAUAAUCAGAAAACAUGUAUCUCUUCCUCUACAUCAGAAAAUUCAUACUGGAGAGAAAUUAUAUGAAUGUACGGAAUGUAGGAGGGCCUUUAGACAGCAGUCAUACCUUAUUCAACAUCUGAGAAUUCAUACUGGUGAGAGACCCUAUGAGUGUAAGGAAUGUGGGAAGGCCUUUUGUCGUGUGGGCGACCUUAGAGUACAUCAGACAAUUCAUGCUGGGGAGAGACCCUAUGAAUGUAAGGAAUGUGGGAAAGCCUUUAGACUUCAUUAUCAUCUUACCGAACAUCAACGAAUACAUUCUGGUGUGAAACCCUAUGAGUGUGAGGAAUGUGGAAAGACCUUUAGUCGUGUUAGAGACCUUAGAGUACAUCAGACAAUUCAUGCUGGGGAGAGACCCUAUGAAUGUAAGGAAUGUGGGAAGGCCUUUAGACUUAAUUAUCAACUUACAGAACACCAGAGAAUUCAUACUGGCGAGAGGCCUUAUGAGUGUAAGGUUUGUGGAAAAACCUUUAGAGUGCAGCGACAUAUUAGUCAACAUCAGAAAAUUCAUACUGGUGUGAAACCUUAUAAAUGUAAUGAAUGCGGGAAGGCCUUCAGUCAUGGCUCCUACCUUGUUCAACAUCAGAAAAUUCAUACUGGUGAGAAACCCUAUGAAUGUAAAGAAUGCAGGAAGUUCUUUAGUUUUCAUGCAGAACUUACUCGACAUCAGAGAAUUCACACUGGUGAGAAACCCUAUGAAUGUAAGGAAUGUGGGAAAGCCUUUCGUCUUCAAACAGAACUUAAUCGGCAUCACAGAAUGCAUACUGGUGAGAAACCAUAUGAAUGUAAGGAAUGUAGGAAGGCCUUUAUUUGUGGCUAUCAACUUACUUUACAUCUGAGAACUCACACUGGUGAGAUUCCCUACGAAUGUAAGGACUGUGGGAAGACCUUUAGUAGUCGCUAUCAUCUUACGCAACACUACAGAAUUCAUACCGGUGAGAAACCCUAUGGAUGUAAAGAAUGUGGAAAAGCCUUUCGUCUUCAAGCAGAACUCACUCGACAUCACAGAAUCCAUACUUGUGAGAAACCCUAUGAAUGUAAGGAAUGUGGGAAAGCCUUUAUUCGUAGCAGUCAACUUAUUUCACACCAGCGAACUCACACCAGUGAGAAUGCCUUUGAGUGCACGGAAUGUGGGAAGGUCUUCAGUCGUCACUAUAAUCUUACGCAGCACUACAAAAUCCAUACUGGCGAGAAACCCUAUGAAUGUAAAGAGUGUGGGAAAGCCUUUCGUUUCCAAACAGAACUUACUCAGCAUCACAGAAUCCAUACUGGCGAAAAACCGUAUCAGUGUAAAGAAUGUGGGAAAGCCUUUAUACGUAGCAAUCAUCUUACUCAACAUCAUAGAAUCCACACUGGUGAGAAACCCUAUGAAUGUAAGGAAUGUGGGAAGACCUUCAGUCGUCACUACCUUACUCGACAUCACAGAAUCCAUACUGGUGAAAAGCCCUAUAAAUGUAAAGAAUGUGGGAAAGCCUUUAUUCGUAGAGAUCAACUUACUUUACAUCAGAGAAAUCACAUUAGUGAAGAAAUCCUAUGA